GGUUAUAAUUAAAGAAAUUAUAUUCACUCUCAAGUUAAAGUAAAUAGUUUGUAAAAAGUAAAUAAAUAAGUAAAAAAAAAAAAAAAAAUGAAUUUUGCAAGUGUUUUUAAUAAUUUAACAAAAUCAAUCAGUCCUCUUUUGAACAAAACGCCAGGAGUUGUAAUUCAACAAACCAGGAAUACAUUUGUACUGAAACGACAGUAUAAGCUUCCUCUUCUUGAAAAAGGAGCUAAAAUAAAAAAUUGGAAAAAUCGAUACUUCAUCUAUCAACUAGUUGAAAAUCGAAAUAAUAGAAAGAGAGAACAGAUUGAUGUUAUUCUGAAAACUUUUGUUGAAGGGAUGGGUGUACGUGGAGAUAAGCUAUCGUUGUCUCCAUAUUAUGCAUACAAGCAUUUACUUCUACCUGGCCUGGCAGCGUACGCUACGCCGGAAAACAUUAAAAAGUUUGAAGAAGACAUUGGUGUUCCUCAGCAAGCAUACUCUUCGCCGUUUGUACCACAAACUAUGAGACUUCUUGGUGAAUUUUUACUCCAAGUUAACAUGUCAGCUGAUAAUCCUUGGACAUUGGCUACUGAACACGUAUGGUCUGCUUUUCGUGAGAAUAAAAUUCAUAUGAGCAGAGACAGUGUCACGUUGCCCGAGCGACCGAUAAAUGGUCCGAAUCUUGAGAUGGAAAAUAAAGAAUUCUAUGUGACUGUCAUGAUUAAUCAAAGGGAAAAGGUUAACGUUCGAUGCAGAAUUAGAUACCGUAGUAAUGAUCCAAAUAAAUUAAUGCCAGAUCCUGAUGCUCUUCUUAAAAUAUCUGAGCCAAUUUACCCCGAAUUUAAAGCUGUUUUGGACACAAUACCCGUUCAUUCUCAACUAAAGCAAAAAUUACAACAGGAUUCUAGUACCCUUAGUACUCAUAAGAGAAAAUAAAUGUAUUUAUACUUUUGUUAAAAUAAAACUUAUUUGUAAAAUUU